AUGCUUUCUCUUACUCUUAACCGCAAUUUCUCAACUGCUCCUUCUCAACCCUCUUUCCCUGUUCCUGAUGUGCCGCCCACUGUGGCGUUCGUGAAGCGCAAGCGCGAUGGCGUUGAAGUUGACCGCGAUGAGAUGGUUUACCGACAAAUCAAAAAAAGAAAGAGGUUCCGUCAGGUGGUCUUUCCGAGCACUUUGCAAAUCAUCCAUUUCAACUUCAUGAAUGAGCUUGAAGAUGAAGAGCUCAGAUCGAAGAAGUGGGCACGAUAUGAAGGCAGACCAGGGGCCGAAGAAGACAUUGAAAUGCCACUUUGGGAACGAGAAGAAGGUGCCGUCUCUGUGGCACCAGCCUGGCCGGCUCUGGUCAUUGCGCAAAUCCCAGCGCAAGCGAACUUUACCGACGUGGCCGUGAAGAAUGAUUGGCCAGAAGAAGCUCCAGCCAGGGUGUCUACCCAGUUGGCCGCGAAGGAAAAAACGAAGAAGAAGAAGGUUCGCUUCCUGCCAAGUGAUCGUCGCUCUCAAGAUCCGCGUUUGUUGGCGCCGGUGUCCGGGGAGGCAAUGCCUGAAGAAGAUUGUCUCCCCGAACCAAGCCCAGACGACAUGGAAAUGGCGGUCGUUCUCGCCAAACUUUUGUACGGCUUGACCCUCGUGGAGCGAGACGAAGAAGGUACCUCACUCCCUCAGGCCCCCCAGGACACGCAAGAAGACCAAAGUCCCACUCCGCGGUCUGAUCCUCCAACCCCCGAACCUGAACUUGAGGAUCAGAUUCACGGAAAUCUGCGGAGCGGGGCAAUCGGCUCAACUGCCGGUGCAAACGUGUGCGCAAAGCACGUCAACUGGCGCGUACAGCCCAACCACCUGCCCGAGAAGACGCGCAAGUGGUGGCACGGCCCAAGCCUAACGUCAGGAUGA